AUGUCGAUACGGAGGACAUUAUGGCAGAGCCUGCAUUGCACCAAUAAUGUCCUCAGCCCUCUGAAGCCCAUCGGACGGCUCCCCCGCGCACCUCUGCGCAGCUACAACAGUGCCAGCGGCAUCGUCAGUGCAGCAGACCUCUCCUUCGGCCAACCGGUCCACGAAACCCAUCCUCACGUCCUGCAGCCGGGAGAACUCACUCCAGGCAUCACAGCUCAGGAAUAUGCCGACAGACGUACAAGACUAGCGGCCAAGCUACCAGACAAUGCCAUCGCCAUCGUUGCGGCGUCGGACGUCGAGUUCCGCUCCGGCAGCGUCUUCUACGAGUUUCACCAAGACCCAGACUUUUUCUAUCUGACGGGGUUCAAUGAACCAGAGGCUCUUGCCGUGAUCGGAAAGGAUUCAACCGGGACAGACCACACAUUCCACCUGUACGUGCGAGAGAAGGAUCCCAAGGCAGAGAUCUGGGACGGCGCAAGAUCGGGCACACAGGCCGCGCGGGACGUCUUCAACGCCGACGAGACGGCAGACAUCAGCCGGGUGAAGACGAUCUUGCCGGAGCUCGUAGGGUCUGCGUCAGGGAUAUACACGGACAUCACGACGCCGGACUCGACUCAGUCGGCGUUGCGCCGGUUUCUGUACGGCAAACCUCGAAGAACCACCGAGUUUGCGGAUCUCCUGCAGUCGAACAAGAUCAAUCGUCUCCGACCGGUCAUGAACGACCUACGAGCGUUCAAGAGCCCGGCGGAGAUUGAAGUCAUGAGAAGAGCAGGGAGGGCGUCGGGGCGAGCACACACGGAAGCCAUGCGCAAGGCGUGGACGCGCGAGAAACAGCUCGACGCGUACCUGAGGUACCAGUUCGUCACGCAGGGGUGCGACACGAGUGCAUUCGAGCCCGUCGUGGCGGGCGGCAAGAACGCGCUGGGCAUACACUACGUCCGCAACGACGACGUCCUGCAGGACGACGAGAUGGUGCUCGUGGACGGCGGCGGCAAGUACGGCGGCUACAUCGCCGACAUCACGCGCACGUGGCCGGUGAACGGCAAGUUCAGCGACGCGCAGAGGGAUCUGUACCAGGCCGUGCUGAAUGUGCAGAGGACGCUGAUUUCGCUGUGUCGCGGCUCCUCGACCAUGUCGCUGGACAAACUGCACAGCGUGGCCGAGGAGUACCUGUCGAGCGAAUUGAGGCAGAUCGGGUUCGACAUGUCGUCCAAGGCGGUCGAGAAGCUCUUUCCGCACCAUCUGAGCCACUACGUCGGCUUGGACGUGCAUGACACAGUGGGUUAUUCGAGGAAAGCCGUACUGCAAGAGGGACAUUGCAUUACUAUCGAGCCCGGGAUAUACGUGCCCGACGACGAACGGUGGCCGAAGCAUUUCAGAAAUAUGGGGGUGAGAAUCGAGGACAGCGUCUGUGUGCAAGAAGACACUCCGUAUGUCCUCACCACCGAGGCUGUCAAGGAGGUUGUUGAUAUCGAGGCAUUGAGGGAUUGA